UUGCACCAUCCCUAUUUCACAAUUUGCAAUAUAAACAAAAAGAGCAAUGUGCGUGCCAUGGAUGUCGAGAACCAGGUAAAUCUGAACCCCAAUCAAUUGCUGGCUGAGAUCACAUCGCUGCUGGAAGCCACCUCAGAGCCAAGCGAGUCCAAUGCCCUGGUGCUUAACCAUGAGCUGCAGCGACGCUUGCAACAAGUACGUGCAAAGUCUCUGGCGCUGUUGAAAUCUGUGCGGGCUCGAUAUGCACGGAACGAGGAGAUUUUAAUACGCCGCCUAAAGCCGCGCACCCACAGUCAUAGCAGGCCUGUUAAGGAAAGCACUGCAACAUAUGGAAUAUGUGGAGCGAUCCGCCGUGGAGCCACCUUCCACUUCAAGGGAAAUUUGUAUUUUCGCGACAUUGAUGGCCGCAGCUGUCCGAAUAAUGGGGACUACGAGGCGCGGAGCCACACAGAGAUGUUUCCCUCGGACUUCGAUAUGCGCUCCAAGCAUGUGUGGACUGUUUUGGACAAGAAGAACCUGAUAAUGGGCAUCAAGCAACAGCUGCUGGACCAUGCGGCCUGUGAAAAGGCCACAGUUUCCUACAAGCGAAAACCCAUCGAGCGACAUGUUCGCUCUCUGGCCAGUCUGCUGGUCAACGCCGACAGCAGUUUUAGUAUCGACUGGACCCAGAUCAGUACUCUGGACCUGGAGUUCCGUCAUUCUACCUACAGCUGCGAGGCAAUGUGGCGCGUUUAUCUAAAUCCGCAGCUGAGCCGUGAGGACUGGAGUGCGUCGGAGGAUGCAGUUCUGGUGGCGGCGGCCAAAGCGAAUCACAUGCAGAACUGGGAGAAGAUAGCUUCGGCAUUGGAUCGGCGAUCAGACUACCAGUGUUUCGUGCGUGUUCAGUUGGCGUUCCGUCACCACCUGGAGCCAUCCUCCAGUGUACGAUGGACCGAGAAGGACAACGAGUCCCUAAAGCGUCUCGUAGAAAAUAAUACUGUGAAUGGCCAGAUCAAUUGGCAGCUGGUGUCGGAACACUUUCCUGGCAGAUCCAAGUCCACUCUGAUCGGACGCUAUACGUAUGCGCUGCAUCCAAGCAUCAGCCAUGCACCCUUCAGCACCACGGAGGACAUUAUGCUCUUUGCUGCCGUGGAGGAGUACAAUGGGAAGUUCCACAGCUUUCCCCGCACUCUGUUUCCCAACCGCUCGCUGGCACAGCUCCGUACCCGAUACCACAAUGUCCUCGCCCAACGCACCAAGACCGAUCCGUGGUCGGUGCUGGACGAUACCAAACUGAUGAAUUUUGUCACGGAGCACGGGGCAGCCCAGUGGGUGAACUGUGCUGCGCAUCUUGGGAAUCACACGCGGACCAGUUGCAGGACGCGCUUCUUGGUAAUAAAACGCUUCCUUGAGCAGCAUCCCUCGGCAACGGUCGGCGAUUUUCCGCGUCGAAGGUGUUUUAAAAACAAUAUCGUCACGGCUGACAAUUGGGCGGAGUGUCUGGAAGUGUGGCAGCAGGAUCCGGACUCCAUCGAUCCAUCGAAGCAUCAAAUGCGUCCACUGGGAGCAGGAGAGAGAAGGAGAUCCAACAUAAAGGGCGAGGCCAGCGAAAGCGAUGGCCAUGUGGCAUAUCCAAAAGAAAUAGAUCUGCAGGUCUAUGAGUAUUUCAAGUACAGCUACGAUCUCCAGCUGAGAUCAUCCCCGUCAUCGAAACUCUUUUCAAUGCCUGAUGCCAAAGACGCUUCGAAUCUCGCCUACGUGGUCAAGGCCUUAAACUAUAAGCCACCAGCGGGAAAGAACCUCAAGCCCAUUCAGAGCGUUUCAAUGCCCCUGCAAUUGAGUAUGCACUACAACCAACUGCUGAAGAAGCUGCCAAAGAAGAAAGAAAAAAAGCCAGCCCAGAGCUCGCUACUCCUGCCCCCCAACUGGUCAACGAUGAUGGGAUUCCGUGCCAUUUGCAUUGUAUCGGGCGACAGUCGAAAGCUCUCAUCCGCCGAGCCGCCACCCUACGAUGAGUCCUCGCAGCACAUCCAGCAGUUCCGGCAACGUUUGCGAGCCCUGUUUUAUCGCACCACUCUGCUGAGCCGUCUUGAAACACAUCUCUUCGAUGACUUGCCCUCGCACCUGAUGGCCCUACCACGACCUCUGGCAAACCACAUAGAACCCGGGACAAGACCAACGAAGGAGGAACUGAGCAGACAAAUUGCAGCCAAGCAAAUGGAACAUGUCAACCGAAUGGUAGAGCCACAGAGGAAGAAACCGAAAAUGGAGCCACUCAGCGAGGAGGAGAUAAUGAGCUUCAAAGAGGAAGACGAGUUCUUGCCUUUAUAAGUUUGUUGUUUACUAUAUAUUGCAUCGCAUAUUACUCAUUAUAAUAGCUAACAAAUAUAAUAUAAAACAACCUUGUAAACUUUUAUCGCCUGUU